GCCUCAUUUGCAAAAGGUCCUUAUUAGCCGGUGUUGGACAGGUUACUAAAUCUCUUGAUUGAAUAUGACCAUGAGAAGAACAGAAAGCGAGUCAAGAGUUAAACAGACACAGCCAUGUCACUGACAUCUGCAAAUACUGCAUAGGUCUACUCUUUCACUUAAAGCAUUAACUUAUACUUUUAUCAAUCAGUUUCUGAGUUGGGGGAUCUCGUGUUAAUGUAGCAGCAGACUAAGCUCUGAUCUGGGCUGGCUCGGUAGUUAACCCAGCACUUGGUGUAACUGUGUUUCAGUUUCCUGUCAUUUAAGUGAUUUUACAAUGCUUUCUUGAUCGGACACUUGAGGAGUAUUUUUGAUUGGUAAAAACAAACUUCAUUGCUAUCAUUUUUUUUCUGGAGCAAUCUAGGUAAAGUACCUUUGGUCAAAGGUACAACAGCAGCCGUCUUAUCCACCUGGGAUUUGAACACAACACUCUGGUCUAGAGCCCUUUUUUUCAUACAAUCAGCGAAGAAAAAUUGUAGUAAUUUAAAUUUUAUGUGUGCCCUAUAAAUGGUAAAGCGGAAGAAUUGGGCCAACAUAAUGUUACCAUGGAAAAUAGUUUCAAUUAAUCUUGAAAGACUGGUUGUAAGUAAAAGCAAAACAACAGCUUCUGACAAACAGGUUUGUGGAUUGGUAACAUUUCCCAUAAAAAUAUAUAUAGCAAGCUAUAAAAACCAAAUGCGGAACAUAUUUUUCACACAAGUCUUCAGAAAGUGCAUCGAGUCACAGAGACAUUCCGCUUCUUUUCCUAAACUCAAGACAAGCAUCCACAAGUAGAGGGAAAUGGAGACAGUGGGGAAAUUUGAGUACAGCAUGAAAGAUGUCCUAGGACAAGGUGCAUUUGGUAUGGUAUUUAAGGGAAGGCACAAAGAGAAAAACGGUGAAGUUGCCAUCAAAUGUAUACACACGAAAAACCUCUCUUUUGAUCAAACUUACUGGACACAGUUAGACAGGGAGAUACAGAUUUUAAAGGGGCUGAAACAUGACAAUUUUGUGAGAUUGUAUGAUUUCCAGAAAACAUCUAGUUGUGUCUAUCUGGUGAUGGAGUACUGCAAUGGAGGGGAUCUGGCAGACUACCUGAAAUCCAAAGGGCCCCUAAAUGAGGACACAAUCCGUCUGUUCCUGCAGCAGAUCACAUCUGCCAUGAAGGUGCUGCAGAGCAAGGGAGUCAUCCACCGAGACCUCAAACCACAGAACAUCCUGCUGGCCCUUACAGGAGGGGACAAAUCCAACCCCAGAAACAUUCGCUUGAAGAUUGCCGACUUUGGGUUAGCCAGAUUCCAGCCAACCAAUAUGAUGGCACUUACAAUGUGUGGUACUCCUCUGUACAUGGCUCCUGAAGUUAUAAUGGCCAAGACCUAUGAUGCAAAAGUUGAUCUGUGGAGUAUAGGAAUCAUAGUGUACCAAUGUCUGACUGGCCAGGUCCCAUUUCAGGCUAGCAACCCUCAAGAGCUCUGUCGCCUCUUUGAGAAACACAAGAACUCGACUCCCAACAUCCCACAGGGGAUCUCCACUCACUUGCGCCACCUACUGUGCGGGCUGUUGCAGUGCAAUCCUAAAGAUCGCAUUGAAUUUGAUACAUUUUUCAGACACCCAUUCCUCGGAGUGAGCUCACCCAAGAAAAAUUCAAAAGAAGCUGCCGUUCAAAGUCGACAGGCUCCAGAGCCAAAGACCAGAGCUGACUUUUUAAAAUAUUACUGUCAGCUCACACUGGACCCCAACACAGCACAUAGAGAGCUCUGUCUGUCUGAAGGGAACAGAAAGGUAACAUGACGGAGAGAGGUCCAGCCAUAUCCUGAUCACCCAGAUAGAUUUGACAUCUUGUACCAAGUGCUUUGCAAAGAGGGUUUGUCUGGGUCUCCCUGCUACUGGGAGAUUGAGUGGAGUGGCAGGGAGGGGGUAGAUAUAGGAGUCGCAUAUAAAGGAAUUGACCCGAAAGGAGAGGACAUUUCCUUUCAGCUUGGACACAAUAACAAGUCCUGGAAAUUGUUCUGCUGUGAUUCCAGGUACUCUGCCUGGCAGAAUAACAAUGCAUCUGAAGUAAAAUUAUUCCGCUCCCCCAGAAUAGGGGUGUAUCUGGACUUUACUGCUGGCACGCUAUCAUUUUAUGGAGUCUCUGGAGACAAAAUGACCCCCCUGCACAGAUUCCAAACCACAUUUACUGAGAAACUCUAUCCUGGGUUUUAUAUUUAUUCUGAUUCCAGUGUAAGAGUCUGCAAGCUGAAGUAGCCGUCUGUUUAGUGUUUGAAUGAAGAGGUUCAUUUCUGAGUGAAUUUCUGUUGACUUUCUUUUUUCUGCAUAGCAAUGGCCUUCAGUGGAAGGUUGCUGGACUUUCAAGCUUAGUAAAACUGUCUCCCACAAUAAGAAUGUGUACUCACUUCCACAGCAUCUUCUUAUCACAAGGACUGGUGUCAGCUAGUUUGUAACUUAUCUUGAGGAAGAAGUUUUGAAGUCACAACACUCUUUGUCUUGCAGAACUUUCUGUUCAAACCUGUGAUGUGCUUUUAGUACACACCUAUUCUUUGCUUAGUAUCACCACUAACAUGUUUAUAUGUGCUUGUAUUUGUAGUCAGCUUUAAGACAGUUUGUACACUGUUCUUCACUGGCGCAUUAAAUAAAGUACUUUGUAGUUGGUAACCUGCCUGGGGUCCUGAGUCUCUUUGAGUAGCGGAGAAGAAAUCCACUACAUUGAAGAAACUUUCAUUUUUCUCUUUCUGUUUUUUUAAAAUGGGUGGCACGGUGGCGUGGUGGUUAGUUCUGCUGCCUCACAGCGCCAUGGUCCUAGAUUCGAAUCCGGCCUAGGGAUCUGUCUGUGUGGAGUUUGCAUGUUCUCCCAAUGUGUUCACAUUGUGGGUUUUCUCCGGGUACUCCGGUUUCCUCCCACAGUCCAAAGACAUGCUGUUCAGAUUGAUUGGUCACUCUAAAUUGCCCUCUGUGUGUGUGUGUGUGAGGGACCCUCUGUGGCUGCUGGUUGAUAAUAUUGAGAUAUCAAUAUGUUUAUAUUGUAGUGAUAUUUUAUUUUAAAUGUAAGUAGGAAUAUAUUAUUAUUGCGAUUACACUGGCAUACAAAUACAUUUGCAGGCUGAUUUAAUACCAAUAUCAAUGUGGUGCUAAUAUGUUGAUCUCGUAUUAGCAUUGUAUUUA